UUAAAAAAGGUCUUACAUUUGACUUCAGGAUUCCUGCAUAUACCCUGUUAACCCGCUUAGCAAGUACGUCAAAUCUCCAGGGCAAAGACACAAAUAUGUUUUUGUAUUCAGGUCAUGUGAUUAGGUGGUUGAUGCCCUCACAGUUUUGUGAAGAGAACAAACUCAGAUUAAAUAGUGUUGCAGUAUAUGUGUCACCCAUGACUGUGAGAAAACAUGCCUCAAGGUCAGCUCUGUUAAAAUGGGGAGCUAAAUUGGAUAUUUGUCAAACAAGCUCGUCAGCCUUUUGUAAACAGUCGCUCUGCAGUUUGCCAAAGAUAUCUCUGUGUAUAUAUGCUUGAACUCGCUGUACUGAUCUACCCAGGAGGAGGAGUUUUAUGUGUGUAUUUAUGCCACACGUGAGGGCGACCAAGUGCUUUUCCACCACGAGGGAGGAGUGGAGGUGGGCGAUGUGGACGCCAAGGCUGAGAGGCUGAUGGUGGCAGUGAACGAAAAGCUGAGUGAGGACCAGGUCACUGAGCGGCUCCUCACACACGUUCCUGAAGACAAGAAACAAGUCUUAGCCAGCUUCAUAGUUGGCCUCUUCAACUUGUACGAGGACCUCUACUUCACCUACCUUGAGAUCAACCCUAUAGUCGUCACCAAAGAUGGAGUGUACGUCCUGGACAUGGCAGCCAAGAUUGAUGCCACAGCAGAUUACAUCUGCAAGACUAAAUGGGGGGAUGUGGAGUUCCCACCUCCCUUUGGCAGGGAAGCAUAUCCAGAGGAGGCAUACAUAGCUGACCUGGAUGCAAAGAGUGGAGCCAGUCUGAAGCUGACGCUGCUGAACCCUCAGGGCAGGAUCUGGACCAUGGUGGCCGGGGGAGGGGCUUCAGUAGUCUACAGGUACACCAAUCUUUAA